AUGCGGGAACGUCAAAUUUGGUUAUGUAAUCCAUCAUUAGUUGAUAAAAUUUUCACAAAUUCUACGAAAACAAAUUUUUUUCGUAGAUCAUUAUCUACUCAAGGAUUUGAAGAAUUAGGAAUUGAUAAAGUUGGUAUCGCUUUUAAUAGAGAUUUAAAAAGUUGGAGAUAUAAUCGUAGGAUUUUAAGUUACACGCUUACAAAUGGUAGAGUUUUAAAAGAAAGUAUAAAAAUUGUUAAAAAACUUUUUGAAGAAAUUGAAGGUUAUUGGAUUACUUUAAAUAAUGAAAAUAAUUUAUCGGAUAAAAUUAAUGAAGAAUUUAUAGUUGAUCUUAGUCAAUGGACGAGAAGAUUUAUGACUGAUCUUGCUUUAAAUCUGAAUUUUAGUGAACAUGCAUUUAGCAUGGCAAGUUAUUUUAAUUUACUUAGUAAAAGUAAAAAUCAACAAUCUCAAGAAAUUAUCGAAUCUGAAAAAUUCCUCAAAAGUCUCACGAUAUGGGUACAAAAUAUAAUAUUUCUAAUGUUUUGUCCUUCAAGUUUCAUUCGGCAUUAUAUCCCACCGUUCUCUUAUUUUCAAUUAAAAUUUCAAGCAAAUUAUGAUUGGUUAACUAGCGCGUUUUCCAAAAUAAUUCAAAAGCGUAUGAAAGAAAUUGAAAAUGUACCUUUGGACAAGAUUCAAACACAUGAUAUUUUAACUACAUUAUUGACGGUUAAUAUCGAUCAAGAUUUAGAAAAAAAUUAUAGAUUUGGUGAAAAAAUCAGACCAAUGGAUGAAACGGAAAUUGCUGGUGUAUUAUUGGAAUUUUUCGUUGCAGGAGUUGAAACGGUGUUAACUACAACAUGCUUUGCUAUUUAUUAUAUCUGCAAACAUCCUUUGGCGAAGCAAAAGCUCAUUAACGAAUUUGAUUCAGAAUUUCCAGAUUUAUCAUUAUUAAAUGAUAAGCUUAUCUAUGAAAAACUUUUAAAUAAUCUUCCAUAUUGUGAUGCUAUAUUAAAAGAAACAAAUCGAUUAGGAACAAAUCCUCCAAUUAAUCCUCGAGAAGCUUCCAAUAGAGAUGAAAUUGAUGGUCACAUAAUUUCUAAAGGGUCUAUAGUAGUCACAUGUACAGAUGCUAUUCAUUUACAUAAAGAUUAUUGGGAAAAACCUAAUGAAUUUAUUCCCGAAAGAUUCUUAUCUAAAGAAGAUUAUCCUCUAUCUGCUUCUCAAAAAUUAUAUACUUUCGGUAAUGGAUUAAGAGGUUGUAUUGGCAAACAAUUAGCAUUGAUUAAAAUUAAAGCAUUUUUAGUUUUAUUUUUGUGA